AUGCCUGUGGCCUCCACCAGGACCGAGCCUGCUCCUCAGGUUUUGGACGCGAUGAGUGACAGCACAGCCAGCUCUACCACCGCCAAUGACCUGGACCUUAUCUACCUCAAAGGCAUCAUGGAGAGCCCUUUGGAGCAGGAUGAGAGCCUGAAGGCCCCGCGGCUCUCCCCGGUUCAGGAGAACAAUGUGGAGCUGCUGCAGGAGAUCCUCCGGGAACUGGACCCCUUCAAGAGCGCCUCCGACACAGUGGCCGAGCUCUCCAACAUCCUCACACAGCCACACUUCCAGUCCCUUCUGGAGACCCAUGAUUCUGUAGCGUCCCAGGCCUGUGACAGCCCGCCGCCCAGCCCAUGUGACUUUGUGGACCACGACGAGGAUGACGAGGAUGACGAUGAAUGCGACACCCACAACCACCACCCCCCUGACGCGGUCCGCAUGGUGGGAAUCCGCAAGGUGGCAGGAGAGCAUCUGGGAGUCACAUUCAAAGUAGAAAAUGGAGAAUUGGUCAUAGCUCGUAUUCUUCACGGCGGAAUGGUCGACCAGCAAGGCCUUCUGCACGUGGGAGACAUCAUCAAAGAGGUAAACGGGCGCGAGGUUGGUCCAGACCCCAGGGUGCUGCACGAGGAGCUGCAGGUUGCCAGCGGCAACAUGGUGCUGAAGAUUGUCCCGAGUUAUCAUGAGGCCAUUCCUCCUCGACAGGUGUUCUUCAAAUGUCACUAUGACUACGACCCCGCCUACGACACGCUGAUUCCCUGCAAAGAGGCAGGUCUGAGAUUCGAGACCGGAGAUAUCCUUCAGAUUGUCAACCAGGACGAUGUCAACUGGUGGCAGGCGCGUCAUGUUGAGGGAGGAAACACGGGGCUUAUUCCCAGUCAGAUGCUGGAGGAGAAGAGGAAGGCUUUUGUCAAGAACGUGGAGCUCCCUCCAGCAGGUAAUCUGUGCACUGGUGUUGGAAUAAAGAAGAAAAAGAAAAUGAUGUACGUGACCACUAAAAAUGCAGAGUUCGACAGACAUGAGAUUCUGCUGUAUGAAGAGGUGGCCAAAGUCCCACCUUUCAAGAGGAAAAGCUUGGUUCUCAUCGGUGCCCAGGGAGUAGGGAGGCGGAGACUGAAAACCAAACUUCUGCUAAGAGACCCACUUAUCUUUGGCACCAUUAUUCCUUACACGUCCAGAAAGCCUAAAAAGGGCGAGCGUGAGAGCCGGAUGUAUGCCUUCACCGGUCGUAGCAAAAUGGAGACUGACAUCAAAAAUGGGCGCUUCCUGGAGCACGGAGAGUAUGACGGAAACUUGUAUGGGAUAAAGACCGAGUCCAUCCAUGAGGUGGUGGAGGCCGGCCGCGUCUGUAUCCUGGACACCAACCCACAGUCUCUCAAAGUGCUACGGACUUCAGAGUUCCUGCCCUACGUGGUCUUCCUCCAGGCCCCAGAGUUUGAGGUGCUGAAGGCCAUGAACCAGUCGGCAGUCGAGGCCGGCGUUGUGCCCAAUACAUUAACGGAUGAAGAGCUGCGCAGAACAUGUGACCAAAGUGUCAAACUCCAAGCAGCCUUUGGUCACUACUUUGACCUGACCAUCGUCAACGACAGCCUGGACGAGACCUACCGCACCGUGAAGGCCGCGCUGGAGACCGUGUCCAAAAACCCCCAAUGGGUCCCUGUCACCUGGGUAUUCUAA